AACUAUAGUCACCACACUGCGAGUGUACGGACUGUGAUGACGGCGGCACAGACUGUUCAAUGUGACUUUUACAUCUAAUGGUAAUGGUCUAACUCGGGAGUAAUAUCAAGAAGCUCAAAUGUUUCUCACGUCGGUGAACUUGGCCAAGGCCAAAUCAAAAGUGAUCCUGGUCCAGAUGCUGAGCGCAGCGGGGACCGGGUACAGCUUCAACAUCAAGAGGAACCGCCUUGCUGACAAACUUGUCAUGAGAAAGAAAGAUCCGCUGGUAAAUCAGCACGUCCUGUUCUUCGAGAAGAGGAAGAUACGCUCUAUUUGAGCUGAGCCAUGGACUGAGCAGAGAGGAGGCAGGACUUAAAUAUGCUAUUAUUGAUGGAGUGACUUCACUAGUCACUAAAAAUGUAUUUAUCAGGACCACCACAGACAUCAUGGACACACUUUGGCAUUGUGUUUCAUUUGUUAUGAUGAGAAAGGAAAUUAAAUAAAUUGCCUUUGGUUUGUUAACAUG